CGCCGCCGUCGUUGUUGUCCAUCCUCCUCUAUCGUCGCCUCUUCCCUAUCAUCCCAUUACUGCAUAGCCCCCUGCUCACGAAUAAUAUCAAGAAAUGUCGACUGAGGAAAUCCGAGCGCAGUCUUAUGUCGGCUUCGACUCUAUCACUCAGCAGAUUGAGCACAAGCUCUUGAAACGCGGGUUUCAGUUCAACGUUAUCGUUGUCGGCCAAACGGGGUUGGGCAAGUCGACUCUGAUAAACACCAUCUUCGCGUCACACCUUAUCGACUCUAAGGGGCGCUUCGCUUCUGACGAACCCGUCAGGCAAACGACGGAGAUUCAGGCCGUCUCUCAUGUCAUUGUUGAGAAUGGCGUCAAACUCCGUCUCAACAUCGUUGAUACCCCAGGGUACGGUGAUCAGAUCAACAACGAGGGCUGCUGGGAUCCCAUCAUUAAGUAUAUCAAGGACCAACACAGCGCUUAUCUCCGCAAAGAACUCACUGCCAUGCGUGACCGCUACAUCCAGGACACACGCAUCCACUGCUGCUUGUACUUCAUCAAUCCCACUGGCCAUGCCCUUCGCCCCAUUGAUGUCAUUGUGAUGAAGAAGCUGAGCGAGGUGGUCAAUGUCGUGCCCGUCAUUGCAAAGAGUGAUAGCUUGACGUUGGAAGAAAGAGAGAAGUUCAAGUUUAAGAUUCGCGAGGAGCUGAUUUACAACAACAUUCGUUUGUAUCCUUUCGAUACCGAUGAGGAUGACGAGGAGGAAAUUCACUUGAACGAGUCGAUUAGGCAAAUUAUUCCUUUUGCCGUUGUCGGUUCAGAAAACAAUGUGAUCAUCGAUGGCAAGUCCGUUCGUGGUCGCAAGAACCGCUGGGGUGUUGUGAACGUCGAGGACGCGAACCACUGCGAGUUUGUUCACCUGCGCAACUUCCUUACCAGGACACAUUUGCAAGACUUGAUCGAGACGACGGCACAGAUCCACUACGAGGCGUUCCGGUCGAAGCAGCUUUUAGCUCUCAAGGAAGGUGUGAACCAGCGACCUGCUGGGGGCGCUUCCCAGCAGUAGAUGGCGAGCACGACUUUCUUUCUUGGUGUGGUCCGAAAAAUACGAUACCCCUAGCGACUGGCUUUAUUACCAUCUUUCAACUGCCACACGGUUUUUUGGAGUUCCUCACUCUUUGUUAUAUCGUAUCUUCUCUCAUUGAUUUUCUUGUCCUCGUCAAAUUCCUGGUACUUACACUACGGUUGCCCCUGUACCUUGGAAUUCUUCCACUCAUUUUCACCUCAUGAUAAAAUGAUUACCUAUAACCCGCC